UUCCUCCCGCGCAGAGACGACGACCUACUACCCUGGCGGUGAAAUGGUGCAGACCCUGUAGUUCCUGCGUUCUUGGCUAAGAAUGAGCCAGAGACAGUGCUCAAAAUCUGACAUAUUUUAGCGUUAAUCCGCAUAUAUUCUGGUCUAUUCUUAUCAACAGCCCCGGUCUCGUCAUGUCUGGUGGUCCAGCUGUGAGGAUCAGCAUCGAGUCUUCCUGUGAGAAGCAGGUGCAGGAAGUGGACUUCCAUGGCACAGAGACGUACGUCCCUCCCCUCUCCAUGUCCCAGAACCUGACGAAGUUGGCCCAAAGGAUCGACUUCAGCCAGGGCUCCGACUCUGAGGACGACGGGGGCGAGGGGGAGCCCAGAGACAGAGAGUGGGGCAAGCAGGAGGCGGAGGAGGAGGAGGGAACAGUCAAGUUCCAGCCGUCUCUUUGGCCAUGGGACUCGGUACGGAACAAUCUGCGCGGCGCCCUGACAGAGAUGUGUGUUCUCCAUGACGUCCUGAGCGUGGUGAAGGAGAAGAAGUACAUGGCCUUAGAUCCGGUGUCUCAUGAUCCAACCGCCGGCAAAACGCAGCAGGUGUUCCAGCUGAUCAGCAAAAAGAAAUCGCUGGCCACAGCGGCACAGCUCCUCCUGAAAGGAGCCGAGAAGCUCAGCAAGUCGGUGGCCGAGAACCAGGAGAACCAGAGGCAGCGCGACUUCAACUCUGAGCUGCUGCGACUCCGAUCUCAGUGGAAACUUCGCAAAGUCGGAGACAAGAUCCUGGGAGACCUCAGUUACCGGAGUGCAGGUUCCCUUUUUCCUCACCCCGGCACAUUCGAGGUGAUCAAAAACACUGACAUUGAUCUGGACAAAAAGCUCCCAGAGGACUACUGUCCCUUGGAUGUCCAGAUUCCAAGUGACCUAGAAGGAUCUGCUUAUAUCAAGGUGUCCAUCCAGAAACAAGCACCAGACAUCGGUGACCUUGGAACCGUAAACCUGUUUAGGAGACCUCAGAAAAACAAAGCAGGAGCGCAGCCGUGGCACAUCAAGCUGGAGGCGGCUCAGAACGUUUUGCUCUGUAAGGAGAUCUUCGCGCAGCUUUCCAGAGAAGCGGUUCAGAUUAAAUCGCAGAUUCCCCACAUUGUUGUGAAGAACCAGAUUAUCUCCCAGCCUUUCCCAGGCCUUCAGCUCUCCAUCUCACUGUGCCACUCAACUGGAGAGAAGAAGAGCAACCGAGCCUCUCCAGAGAAACCCAAACCAGACGACCAUCUUCACGUACUGGAACACAAUCUGCAUCAGAUGAUGAGAGAGUUCCACAAGCAGCAGCUGAGCUCGGUGGUCAUGCCUCAUCCGGCCAGCGCCCCGUUCGGCCACAAGCGGCUGCGCCUGGCCGGUCCGAUGGCCUACGAUAAGGCGGAAAUCGCCAACCUGCAGCAGAACGAGGGGCUGCUGGAGAAGAUCAUCAAACAGGCCAAACACAUCUUCCUCCGUAGCAGGACGGCCCGGACCAUCGACAGCUUAGCCAGCCGGAUCGAAGACCCUCAGAUCCAGGCUCACUGGUCCAACAUCAACGACGUUUAUGAGUCCAGCGUCAAGGUGCUCAUCACCUCUCAUGGUUAUGAGCAGAUCUGCAAAUCCAUCCAGCUGCAGCUCAACAUCGGUGUGGAGCAGAUCAGGGUGGUGCACAGGGACGGACGAGUCGUCACGCUGUCCCACCAGGAGCAGGAGCUGCAGGACUUUCUCCUCUCACAGAUGUCGCAGCAUCAGGUCCACGCCGUGCAGCAGCUGGCUAAAGUCAUGGGCUGGCAUGUGCUGAGUUUCAGUAACCAUGUGGGACUGGGCCCAGUGGAGAGCAUCGGGAACGCCUCGGCCAUCACCGUCGCUUCACCCAACGGAGAGUACGCCAUCUCAGUGCGUAACGGCCCAGAGAGCGGCUGUAAGGUUCUGGUCCAGUUCCCCCGCAGCCAGAUCAAAGACCUGCCCAAGAGCGACGUGGUCCAGGACACCAAGUGGAGUCAGCUCAGGGGGCCGUACAAGGAGGUGAACUGGAGCAAGAUGGAGGGACGCAACUUCGUCUACAAGAUGGAGCUGCUGAUGGCUGCGCUGACGCCAUGUCCUUAGAUCGGGUUCGGACUGCGUGUCGUCGACCGGAACGCCGAUGUGUCUCCCUCCCACACACCAACUCCAGUUAAAGCACCGUGGAGUGAAACAGCAGCCCUCCUGCACAGAGGAAUCGGCUUUUUGACAGAUUUGAAUGAAAGGCGAACAGGUUGCCGAGUCCUGAUGCAGCCUAUUUGUUUACUGACUUUUAAACUGAUUUCUACCUGCAGGGAGAUCAGCUUCCAAACACAAACCUCUGCAUGUUACAAGCAAGAACCCUCCCAUUCAGAUCCGCUCUCACAUCUCAAUAUUUUGUUAUAUAUU